AUGGGGUGCAAAGCCACCAGUGUUUAUAGUCCUCAUUUUUUUCAAGUUUUAUUAAGUGGUUGGCUGUCUUGUGGGAAUUUAUCCAGGAGUAAAAAAACUCUUGGUUUAACUACGACAUCCAGCACCUUAUUUAUUAAUUUUGUUGACUUAAUUAUAGCGCUCCCAGUCUUCAAUGAAGUCGUCAGAAAUCACAGUAGUAUGGUGAAUAUGUAUUACCAACGUAGAAAAGACCUGAGAACAUCAUUUUAUCUUCAGUGUAACUGCACUUUGCUCCCUCUAUUUCUGCUGUUAGAUGUUAUUCAGGUUUUUGUUCUCAUAAAACGUUUUAUUUACCAUAUUUUGGAUAAAACGAGGUUUCACUCUUUAAACAGACAACAAAUGCUACUAGUAAAAGCCAAAAUAAUCAUUUUAAAAUUUUACUCCAAAAUGACUUCAUUUAACCAUACCAAAACGGAAGGCUCAAAUUUACCUAUUUUACGAUUAAGUUGCCAGGUGUUGCCUGCCUUUUAUAACUCUUUCUUAAAUAUAAAAAACAAUAAGGAUUUGGCAUUAAGUGAUGAAAAUCAAGGUAGUUUUCCUUCAGGAUUGGGUUGGCCAUUCGCUUCCACCAAUGUUGCGCUUUUAGGCUUCCCUGGAUACGAAAGGAGACAUAAUACCGACGUAAAACAUAUUAUCGGCACACAGAUGAGCUGA